AAAAAUUUUUAUUGAUGAAAGAUUCUUUUGGUAAGUUGAAGAAAAGUUGAAUGAAAUGCAGAGAUGUGCAUAGAUGAGUAAUAGAAGGUUAUACAGACAUUUCAAUAAAAAACCGUAAGGUAACAAAAAUAGUUGAGAAAGAUUAAUUAAAUCAAUGUAUAAAAGAAUUUGUCUAAGAAAAUGAAAUGUUCAGAUUAGACAGAACUAUGUACCAAUCGUCUAAGGCAAACAAUCUUGGCAUUUUUGUUGAAAUUAAAAAAUACAGAAAGAAAAAGUUCUAUGUUUGAUGAAAUGUUAUAAAAACCUUUGAUGUUUCAUCAAUGAAACAGUUUUUAUCGAAAUCAAAUCUUUUUAUAUCUUUGUCGAUAUAGUUUUAAUAUAAAUUAUUCUAUGAUUUCACUUCAUAUUUUAUAUUUCGCUAUGUUUCAUUCAAGAAAAAUAGGAGAAAUAGAAUAUUACACUUCUAACAACUAAUUUUUCUUCUUUUUUUUGUGUAAAAUGAACUUAUUGUUAUUGUUUCUCUUUGAAAGAGACACAUCUUCAAUAUGAAAUAUUAUACAAAAUGAUUUUUCUCAUAAAGAAAUGUUUGAUUGAUGAUUUGUUCUUUUGAUAGUUGUCGUAAUAUUUAAUUGCAGAGAGUAGUACUGAAUAGUUGAAGACAAUCUAUAAUGUGAUAUAUGUUAUUAUUAUUUCUAUAAUUAUAAUUAAAAAAUAUUUUCUAUAAUAGAAAAAAGUGAUUUAUUUGAUAAAAUAAAGAAAAUUUCUUGACCUGAUUUUCAAUCAAAACUUUCUUUGAAGAAACUUUCUUUUGCUUCUACAAAUAUUGAAAUUGACAAUAUCAUUUCGUUUACAAUUCUUCUCUAACAUUCUUUCUAUUUUUCUCGUUCUUAGCUCUUUCAUUCAAUCAACCAAAGUUUUGUCUAACAGCCACUUGGAAUUCCAAUGGAAUUAUCUUUGCUGAUCGAUCGAUUGUUGGUCAAGGUCCUGUCGCCAUUUUUGUGAGCACAAAUAAUACAAUCUAUGUCGCUAAUGGAGAAAAUAACACAAUUGUAAUAUGGCAAGAAGAGAGUGUCAACCCAACAAAGAUCAUUCGCGGUAGUUUUACAGAACCACAGUCUCUCUUCGUGACAUCAAAUGGUGAUAUUUAUAUUGCUGAUGGUAGUACUAAGAAUGGUCGAGUGCAGAAAUGGAUAGCAGAAACAAAUACCUUUGUCACAGUGAUGAAUGUCAGCUCAUCAUGUUGGGGUUUGUUUGUUGAUAUCAACGAUACUCUUUAUUGUUCAGUGAAGGAUCAUCAUCAAGUGGUGAAGAGAACAUUACGUAAUUCUGCGAUGGCUUCAAAUCGUGUUGCUGCUGGAACAGGUAUUAAAGGAUCAGACUCGAAUCAACUCAAUAGUUCUCGUGGAAUUUUUGUCGAUGUGAAUUUGGAUUUAUAUGUGGCAGAUUGUGGAAAUAAUCGAGUACAAUUGUUCCAAUCAGGAGAAUCAAGAGGUAUCACAGUGGCUGGAUAUACAUCGCGAAAUCCAACAAUUACACUUGAUUGUCCAACUGGAAUUAUAUUAGAUGUUGAGAAGUACUUAUUCAUUGUGGAUAAUACCAAUCAUCGGAUUGUUGGUUCAGACGUGAAUGGCUUUCGAUGUUUAGUUGGAUGUUAUCAAGAGGGUUCACAAUAUAAUCAAUUGAAUCAUCCAUCUAGUUUUAGUUUUGAUCGUUCUGGAAAUAUACUUGUUACCGAUCAAUCAAAUCAUCGAGUUCAAAAAUUUCAAUAUAUCGAAGAAUCAUGUAGUAAGUUUAUAAUGAUUGAAUAA